AUGGACACUGAAGAUUAUGCAUUAACACAUAAACCGGCAACAUUACAAUCCAAUACUUACCAUCAAUCACAAGUCCAUUAUCUAAAAAAAAUACAACAAUUAUGUAGCAUCAUAUUUACAUCGCAAAAUUAUAUUUAUUCAUGGGGUUCAGCAUUACAAGAACUUAGUAAAUUUCAACCGUUUCAAUUAUUUAAUACAAAUAUUACAAUCAUCGAAACAGAUAUACAAUAUUUAUAUGAUCGCCAUGAAAAACAAUCAUUACAAAUGAUCAUUAAAUAUGAAUUUCAAGAAUAUUUAAACAAAAUAGCAACGUUAGAUGAAUGGGUAUGUGGUAUUGAUUUAAUGCUGGGUACUUAUCUACCCUUAGGUGUAGUUGGUCGUGAGCGCACAUAUCGUUUACAUGAAGAAAAGAAAUAUCGAUCAAUAUUACACGAAUAUGCAACUAAUGACGUAUUUGCAGUUGCAAAAUUAGCAUAUAAAAUGAAUUUAAUUAAAUUUACAACAUUACCAUCAACGAUUCAAUAUGAAGCAAUAUCCGAUGAUGAAGAUGAAUUACAGAUGCAAUCAGAAUUAUCAAUCAAUAUCGAACCACAAUAUGAUGAACUAAUAGUUCAUGUUACAGAUGAACUCGAAGAAAACGAAUUAUUACAACAACCACAUCAACAGAUAAGUAUAAUCAAUCCAAUAAAAAAUUUUCAUGAUAUUUUAGGCAUUGAUGAAAAUUAUCCUGCCAAUGAACAUUUCGAAUUAGAUUAUCAUAUUGCGUCGUCUAUGCCACAAAAUAUCCUGAACAUCGAACGGAACAAUGAUAUGGACUUGCAAUCGUUACCUGAAAUUAUGAAACUUCAUUAUUCGCAUGAACCUGAUCAUUUAUCAAUGACACAACAUCAAGCACAACAAUUAUCAUCUCGUACGAUGACGGUUCGUAUAGUAGAUGGACCUCAGGUAAGCAAUUUCAAUCAUUUAGGUUCAACAACAGAAACAACAUCGACAUUAACACUCAAACAAAUCCGAAAUCGAACGAUCAAUUGUCGACAUCGCGCAAAUCGAUACCGUUAUGAAGUUAUCCGAGACGUUUACAAGCAUUUUAACAUUAGAAAAAUUAAGCGAAUAUUAAAAUCCAUGGACAUUUAUUAUGUUAACAUUAAUAUGGUUCGACAUACAUUAUUUAUCGGCUUAAAAAAUCAAAAAAUAGUCGAUGAGGUGAAAACAUUAUUACACGAUCGACUCCUUACCGAACGACACUAUCGUCGAUUAUAUCGGUAA